AAAUAUAUAUAAUGGGGUUUCAACAAAUCAAAGCUGCCACUUCUCUAAGUAUUCAAUUUGUACCAUUAGCGCUUAGCUCCCUGCUAUUUUUAGUUUCAAUUAUUCUGUGAACAUGAGAAGUGUGAGAAGAGAGAAGAUGGUGGUAAAGAGAUUUGCGGCGUUCAUGGUUGUGGUGGCGGUGGUGGUCGGAGGCAACCUGAGCUUUGUGGAGACUCUGCCUCACCGGAUUCUGUUGGAUACCGACGUCGACACCGAUGAUUUAUUUGCGCUCUUGUAUCUUUUGAAGCUUAACCGAUCAGAAUUCGACUUGAAGGGAGUAACAAUUAGCUCAAAUGGAUGGAGUGAUGCAGGGCAUUCCGUUAAUCACAUAUACGAUAUGCUUUACAUGAUGGGUCGUGAUGAUAUUCUUGUUGGUGUGGGAGGAGAGGGUGGAAUACUUGAUGAUGGUACAAUUUUAGCAAAUGUAGGUGGAUAUCUCCCUAUACUUGAACAGGGAGUUGGUACGAUUGGAUAUUGUAGAUAUCGACAAGCUGUUCCUGUAGGCAUUGGGGGACGUUUAGAUGUUGACACAAAUUUUGGGUUGAGAAAGGGCUUUCUUCCUCAGGGAAAGAGAAGAUAUCGGCCCCUUGGGCAGCCCACAGCUCAGCAAGUAUUGGUUGAUACUAUUUCUGGUGGCCCAACCAGUGUAUUGAUGACUGGAGCUCAUACAAACUUGGCUAUAUUUCUUAUGAGGAAUCCUCAUCUGAAACAAAAUGUAGAGCACAUAUAUGUGAUGGGUGGCAGUGUGAGAGCCGAGUUCCCAACUGGCUGCGGCAGAUCUUGUGAAUGUGCUAACAACGUUGGCAAUCUCUUCACUGAUUUCACUACUAAUCCUUAUGCAGAGUACAAUGUUUUUAUGGAUCCUUUUGCUGCAUACCAGGUUAUUCAUUCAGGAAUUCCAAUUACUCUUGUUCCAUUGGAUGCCACAAACACCAUUCCCAUAACUGCACAGUUUUUUGAUACCUUUGAGCGUAAUCAGCAUACAUAUGAGUCACAGUACAUUUUCAAGUCCUUGAAAAUGGCUCAUGAUACUAGCACCUAUACCAAUGAUCAUCAAUUCUACAAAAAGUACUUCAUGUGGGACUUAUUCAUGUGUGGUGUGGCUGCUUCAAUAAUGAGUAAGCAGGCAGAAAAUGGCAAAGGUGAAAAUGAGUUUGCAGAAAUGAAGUACAUGAAUAUCACCGUAAUUACCUCGAACCAACCCUAUGGUGUGUCUCAUGGAUCAAAUCCAUUGUUUGAUGGCUGCAAGACUCCAAAGUUUGAGUUGAAAAGAGAUGGAGUCCAUAGUGGGUAUAUUCAGACUGGUAUUCGUGAUGCAUCUUGCCUUGUCAAAACUCGCACUGGAAAAUGCAGAGAUGGGUAUACACCAGUGGUAGAGGGUCAAGAAGGUGUGCCAGUUCUUGUUGCAGUCAGAGCAAAAGCCAACCGUGAUUUUCAUAGCCCGUUAGACAGAGAAUUCUUUAUCAACUUCUUGGAUGUAAUAAACCGCCCAGAACAAACUGGCAGGUUCAAUUUCACAACAGAAUAUCCUAACUAUAAACAAGUAGUUUACAAACCAGAUCUUAGGGGAAAACAACAAGUUGGGAAAAAUGUUGUGUUUGACAUGGACAUGAGUGCAGGAGACUUCCUAGCUCUCUUUUAUCUUCUUAAACUUCCUGUGGAGGUUAUCAAUCUCAAGGCAAUUCUGGUGAGCCCAACUGGGUGGGCAAAUGCCGCAACAAUUGAUGUAAUCUAUGAUGUGUUACACAUGAUGGGUCGUGAUGACAUCCCGGUGGGCCUUGGAGAUGUAUUUCCAGUGAACAUUACAGAUCCAGUUAUGCCUGGUGUUGUUGGAGACUGCAAGUACCAAAAGGUUAUCCCACAUGGUAAUGGUGGAUUUAUUGACUCAGAUACUCUAUACGGUUUAGCUCGUGAUUUGCCUCGUAGCCCUCGAAGAUAUACAGCAGAAAAUUGUGUGAAAUUUGGAGCUCCACGCGAUACUCAUCAUCCUGAACUCCGACAACCUCUUGCAUUACAAGUGUGGGAGUCUGUGGUGAAAUCCCUUCAUCCCAAAUCCAAGAUUACCAUUUUGGCAAAUGGUCCACUCACUAACAUUGCAAAGAUUGUUGGUGGUGGUGAGAGUAUGUGGUCUGCUAUCCAGGAAGUAGUAGUUGUUGGGGGGCACAUCAAGACCAGUAGUAAUGACAGCUCGAACGAAGGAAAUGUGAUCAAUCUUCUGCCUUCAAAUAAAUUUGCAGAACUCAAUAUGUUUCUUGAUCCUUUGGCGGCAAAAACAGUUUUCGCAUCAAAACUCAAUAUCACUCUCAUUCCACUUGCCACACAACGCAAAGUGAGUUCAUUCCUCCAAAUCUUAUCUGCACUCAAUCCGAAGGAAACUCCUGAAGCAGUGUUUGCUAAACGUCUGCUGUCAACACUACAUCACCUGCAAAUCAAGUCUCAUAGAUUUCAACACACGGGAACAUUUGUUGGGGAAAUCUUAGGAUCAUUACUUGUAGCAGGUGAUGUUUCUGCCUUGAAACCAACAUUUGGCAUCAAGAAAAUUAAAGUAUGUGCAACAGGGGUAGAAUCUGAUGAUGGGCAAAUGGUUAUUAUUGAUGAAAAGCAAGGCAAAAGAGUGAAGGUGUUGGAAAAUGUGGAUGCAUCGGCUUACUAUCAUCUCUACGCAAAUAUACUGGGUGAUGGCAAACAGUCUGCUGUAGUUGGAAGUUUUUUAGAGCAGACAAGAAGAUGGAGUACACCAUUGAAUACAAGUUUAAGUACACUGUAAGGUUUGUUACGUUAUACAUGAAAGAGUAAUACUACAAAAAACAAAAUGACAAAACUUCAAUUUUGACCUCAUUAUAUAUUCUCAAAAUAUAUAUGACUUAACUUAUCUAA